AUGCUGUCCCAUCCCAUUCGCGUCUGGACGCUGUCGCGACAUGGCGAGAUAAUGAAACGCCGCCACGCAUCUUCCAAUAAAAUGGGGGAGACCACUGGUGGGGGAUCAGCAAAAAAACCAUUUAAAUCACAAAAUGAACAAGGGUCUUCCACCGAAAAAAAGGGAACAGAGGGAGAAGGAAGAAAACAAGGUCAAAAAAGAAAGCACGUCACUCAGACAGUCAAGAGGAAAGCUAAGGAACACGGGGACUGUUCCCCUGCAGGAGAAAAAGGUUCUUUAAAAAAGGUGAAGCUAACCAGUGCUAAAAUAGGAUCUUGGCAGACUCUCUCAGAAAGCAGUAGGCAGUUUCUGGAAACUGUAAUGGAUUCAGUAGUACUAUCUGUUUUGUGCCAACAAAGUGAGAGAAAAGAUGAUGUUCAGAAGCACCUCAAUUUACUGAAAGGAAGGGUGCUGAGAUUUUUCAAGACUUUAAAGGUGCCUCCAGGGAAGCUGGGCAAUCUGAAGAAUGUCCCGAGCCUUCAAAUGGCAGAGAAACAAAUGCUUGAGACAAAUGAAGAGUCUCUGGUACAAUUGCAGGAAGAAAUAAAUGAAGCUGAGCGAUCAGCAGAACGCAUUGAAGAAACUAUACAGCAACUGCAGUACAAAAUCCAGGUGCUCAAGAACCAGUUAGAGGAAGAUGAAAAAAAGGCCAGGAAGGUAUUCCAGGAAAAUGGCAGUGGAGCACUCCACCUUCCAGAACUCCCCAAGCGCAGUUUACAGGCACCCACUUUGCAGGAAGAAAUUUUGAAGAUAAAAAAUCAGAAAGGUCUUUUAAAGGACAUGAACACUAUUCAGCAGUCAGCUGACUUGAAGAACAUGUUAACCCUCAUUGAAAAGACCUAUGAGAAGGUGGACUUCCUUUGA